GACAGCUUCUUGUGGAUGCAGGGAAACUUCGAUCUGGUGGGAAAUAACUUCCCUGUCUUUUUUGUUCGCGAUGGGAUGAAAUUCCCAGAUAUGGUUCACGCUUUGAAACCCAAUCCAAAGUCCCACAUUCAGGAGAACUGGAGAAUACUCGACUUCUUCUCCCAUCAUCCAGAGAGCUUGAAUAUGUUCACUUUCCUCUUUGAUGAUCUGGGUGUUCCACUGGAUUACAGACACAUGGAAGGCUCUGGCGUCAACACCUAUACUCUAAUCAACAAGGCUGGGAAAGCAUAUUAUGUGAAGUUCCACUGGAAGCCAACAUGUGGUGUGAAGUGUUUAUUGGAGGACGAUGCUAUUAAGGUUGGAGGAGCUAAUCACAGCCAUGCCACCCAGGAUCUCUACGAUUCAAUUGCAGCUGGUAACUAUCCAGAAUGGAAACUUUUUAUUCAGACAAUGGAUCCUGAUCAUGAAGAUAGAUUUGAUUUUGACCCACUUGAUGUAACCAAGACCUGGCCAGAGGACAUCUUGCCCCUGCAGCCAGUGGGUCGCUUGGUAUUAAAUAAGAACAUAGAUAACUUCUUUGCGGAGAACGAGCAGCUUGCAUUUUGCCCUAGUAUUAUUGUCCCUGGGAUUUAUUAUUCCGAUGAUAAGCUGCUCCAAACUCGUAUAUUCUCUUAUUCUGAUACUCAGAGGCACCGUCUGGGACCAAACUAUUUGCAGCUUCCAGCUAAUGCUCCCAAGUGCGCUCAUCACAACAACCAUCAUGAAGGAUUCAUGAAUUUCAUGCAUAGGGAUGAGGAGGUCAAUUAUUUCCCGUCAAGAUAUGAUGCCAGUCGUCAUUCUGAGAGGUAUCCCAUUCCCACUGUUGCAUUAUCAGGGAAGCGCGACAGGUGCAUCAUCGAAAAGGAGAACAACUUUAAGGAACCAGGAGAAAGAUACCGUUCCUGGGCACUGGACAGGCAAGAGAGAUUCAUCUGCCGGUGGGUAGAUGCUUUAUCCGAUCUCAGGGUCACCCAUGAGAUCCGUAGUAUCUGGGUUUCAUACUGGUCUCAGGCCGAUAAGUCCCUUGGUCAAAAGCUCGCCUCACGUCUCAAUGUAAGACCAACAAUGUAGAGACUGUGAGAAUACGGGAUGUUUUCAGUUGCUGUGGGCGGAAGAGUAAUGUAGACAGGAUAUGUUGUUCGGAAGUAUAAAGUCACUCGUACUUCUUUUAUAACUGUAUUCUUAUAUGUAAUGAAGAAACUAAUGUUGCCUUAACCACAAUAAUAUUAUAUUGAAUGUAAGAAAUGACAAUUGUACUCUCUCCACCAACUCGAUCUUUGUCUACUGGUGAUUACUGGUUAUUGUCG